AUGCCCAUCGAAACCGCCCAGAUCGCGCGCCAUGUGAAACCCACACUCAUCACCAUCACACAGAACAAGAAGGACGGCCUCACCAAGUACCUCUACAUCCACGACCGCAUCGAGCAGAAGGUCGAUAGCUUCGAGCGGCCAAAUCUCACGCAGGAAGAGGAGAAGGAGGCGUUGCGCUGGAUGGAGAUUUUCAUGCGCAUUCUUCCAGAAGAUGAGGACUGUGCGGUGAUGUUGCAUAGCUGCAGGAGGGUGAGGAAGGCAAGAAGGACGUCCACAUGUAUGAAGGAGUGGGAGAAGGAGUGUACGAUUGAUAUGCGUAGUUUGAGCCAAUUACGAUGA